AUGCUCAUUCAUCUCGCAUACCAUCCCCACUGGCCACUUCCGAAGCUGACUGCACAGCACAUCGGUGUUCGCGUCACCGCUUCGUCUGAGCCUGGUUUUUUCGCGAUGCCAAUUAAGGUCGGCGCCGCGUUCGUCGCGGUCCUCCUUUGCUCCUCCGCUCUCUUCGGAUCUGCCGCUUCGGGAGCGGAGUUGCCCACCGGCAACAACGCAGCAAAGGCAUCACAGGGAGCCGAAGCAGAACCAGAGCAAAAGAAGGCUCAAGACCUCACUGACGCGUGCCUCGCCCUUCACAACAAGUACAGAAUGGAAAACCUCGAAGUGCCCCUACCGGAAAUGAAGAAGGACGAGUCCGCGGUAGAACUGGUGUUAAAGUUCGUAGAAGAUAGAGCAAAACAAGGCUGUCAGAAAGGAGGCCACAGUGACGCGAAUGAAAGAAAAGGACUGGGUGAGAACCUGUUCUUGUCAAACGACCCAACGUGCGAAGGCGCCGUGGCCGCGUGGUACAACGAGAUCCAAAAGCUUAAUGGAAAAUACCCUGGGACGACGUGGGACUUGAGCAUCGGUCACUUCACUCAAAUGAUGUGGGAAAAGAGCACAGGCCUAGCAUGCGCCCGGACUACAGGCUGCACCGGAUGGAACCAACUGUUCUGCCUCUACAGCCCUCCAGGCAAUUACGAGGGCGAGGCGCCUUUCUCGGAGGCAGUGUGGAAGUCCAUCAAGAAGCGCGACGGUCUCUCGGGCGCCAUGGCUCUCGCGCCGGUCAGCACAGGCGCAUUGGCUGUCGCAGCUGGUGCAUUGCUGCACGUCCUCGUUGCGUAA